AAAGGGGAAUGAACCCUAGUCUCACCCACAGCCCACUCACACCUCUCCUCUCGAGCCUCCACAGUCCACUCUCACCUCUUGCUCUCAGUUCUCACGUCUUCGGUCUCCACCUCGAGCUUCCGGCGCAACUUCCGUCCAGCCCCGCCGUCGCAACGUCCGUGGAGCCACCACCACUGUUCGCGCAGCCACGCUCCAUCGAGUCAGCCCUCGAAAAUCGCAGCCACCGCCAGCGCCACUUUCCGUCACGCAGUUAGGGACCGCCGGCGCCAGCUCUGUUCAACCCUGCCACCCCUUCAGCCACCUCUUGCCUGCCACUGUCCCUGUCCCCGCCAGCUCUGCAUUUUUCCAGACUUCCAGCUUCUAACCCUAGGAAGCAGAUAUAAAAGCAGAGCUUUCAAGUCUGUGCCAGUUGCUGUCCAUGUCCUGGAAUCAAAAAUAAAAAAUCAAAGAAAUAGAAAAGAAGCAGCCUCACUUAUUUAAGCCUCACUUCCCUCCUUGCAGCCACCGCCCCCCCCUCACGGCCUCACGUCUGUUUGUCGUUUUCUGACUUUUCUCGUGCUUCCUUAUUCCGUUUGCCGUCGCCGCCCUUUGGUUAUCACCGUCGACGUCACAGGUGCGGGCAUCCGGUUCUUCUUCUUUCCAUCAGCCUCUGCUCGUGCUUCUUGCCUCUAGGUCACCAUCUGCCUCUGCUCUGCCUCUGCGUAUUCUAGUUUGUUGUCUGCCGCGGUUUCUCCUCUGAAUCUACCACUUCGUGUGCAAUCUUAUUUUUUUUUUCCUUGCAGUUUUCAGUCAUGAGUUUGCUUGAAGUCAUUAAAAAUGCUUCAAUCAAUUCGAAGCCACUUGAUUCUCCAUUGGAUUAUCCUAUUGUUCUGAACCCUGAUACUAUUAUACCUAACUUGAAGCCUGAACAAGAAGACGCAGUGGCCUUGUGUCUUGUAAAACCUCUUAGUGGAUGGAAAAUUUCGCAAGCUGAUGCCGAACUCAUUGACAUUGGGAAGAAGUUCUUUAUACAGCUAAAGGCAAAGCUCAAGAGUGGUAAUAGUUUGGAGAAGGAUGAGUUUAUUGGUGAUUUGAAUUCCUAUCUGAAUAGCAUCGCUGAGAAAAUAGGUGUUUCGGUUGUUAUUAAUCCAUCUAUGCCCAAUUAUACUAAGUUCUUGAUUGACAAGGUUGGAUAUUCUAUGGGUAAGGAUGUUGUUGGUGUUGUUUUGGAUGUGUGCAUUUCGUUUGAUAUUUGGGAUAUAGUUGAGGCUUUGAUUGAGCAUGGUGUUAUUAAGCAUUCUUGUCAUUCGGGCUUGGUUACUAGGUUAGUUGAAAAGGAGAGGUCCGACUUGAUAUGUAUGUGCAUUAAGCACGCGUCUGAUCUCGGGUCAUCUGAAAUACUCAGCAUUCUGAGGUAUUUUCUUUCUCCAUCCAAAGAUGCUUAUGAUAGUAUGAUAACCGUGAAGAAGGAAUGGGAGAACCAAGCACAGUUGGCCAUUGAUGGAAUUAGUAAUAGCAGUUGGAACAAAAAGAAUCUGCUUGUGGCAAAGGAGGCUUCCAUUUUGCUUAUGGUAGCUUAUGAUGGUUUCUCUGCAUCUGAGAUUUGUUUGCAUUAUCUACUUGCAUCGUCAAACUUCAAUGAUGUGCUGUUAUCGUCUUCCUUCAGUAAGUUGAAUGGCAAAGAGUUGAUUAACUUGAUUCGCUAUUUAUCGAAGUGGCUAAAGAAGUACGAGAGGUUUCCUCAAGCUGGUCCCUGCCCUGAAGCUGCAGCAGCUUUGGGUUUGACGGUUUGCAAUUGGGUUCCUAAACUCGACGAUGUUGUGAAGUUUCUUGGUUUUGUGCUUGAUGAGAACUUUUCUUCGUUGGUGUUGCAUCCGGAGUUUCAUGAGCAGCUAAGAUUAAUUGAGGAAGUGGUUAGUUCUUUGACUGCUGAAUCCAAAUGUUGUUUUUUGAUGGCUGAUGUGGUGAACAAACUAAAGAUGGAAGUAAAAGGUGGAAAUACGUAUGAUCUUUUUUGAAACUUAGUUGUUCGAUUUUGUUAUGUUUUAUCAAUUUUGAUAGAAUAUGAAGACGUGUCUGAAGUGUGAACUGAUAAUCAAAUGAUCAAAUCAUUGUAAUUUUUGGUUUAUGAUGUCGACUGCAAUUCAUUUAGAGGUUUAUCUCUUCUCACGGGCUUUUUUAUUUAAGAAUUA